CUUCCGUGUGUGUGUAUGUGUGCAACAGGGAGUGCCGCCCGCGUGCUUGUGUGUGUGUGCGCAAAAGGGAGCGCCGCCCGCCAACUUCCGCGUGCAAGGAAGACUGGAGCGCCGCCCGCCCGCGCCCAGCCAGCAAUAGGAAACCCGCGCUCCCCGCCAAGCCCGCCCCUCCGCGGCGAGCCGGAGUGGGCGGGACAGGCCCGAAGCCACGCCCCAGCCGAGGCGAAGCCCCACAGGCCGCCUUGGUCUCGCUCGCCCGCGUCCCGCCCCACGACUACAUUUCCCGGCAAGCCCCGGGCCACCCGCGCGCUGCAGUUGACCCAUUUCCCGGCCCGUCACGGGCUCGGCCGGCCCCCGCGCCCAGGCGGCUGCUCCCUGCUGACUGGGGUGUGGGCGGGAGCGGCGGAGGGAGGAGGAGGCGCUGCUUGCCGCCGCUGUUGCCUCCGCUGCUGGGCGCCGGGGCAGCUCCCCGGGUAUCUGCGGCCGCCAUGGACGAGCAGGCGGGUCCCGGCGUCUUCUUCAGCAACAACCACCCGGGCGCCGUACAGUCUCCCAGGGAUCCUGCACUUCCUGCAGCACGAGUGGGCCCGCUUCGAGGUGGAGAGAGCCCAGUGGGAGGUGGAGCGGGCGGAGCUGCAGGCCCAGAUCGCCUUUCUACAGGGAGAAAGGAAGGGCCAAGAAAAUUUGAAGAAGGAUCUUGUGAGGAGGAUCAAAAUGUUGGAGUAUGCUCUUAAACAGGAAAGAGCCAAAUACCACAAGUUGAAAUAUGGGACAGAAUUGAAUCAGGGAGAUAUGAAGCCCCCAAGCUAUGAUUCUGAUGAAGGUAAUGAAACAGAAGUGCAGCCACAACAAAACAGCCAGUUAAUGUGGAAACAAGGUCGGCAACUACUCAGACAGUAUCUACAGGAGGUGGGUUAUACAGAUACUAUUCUAGAUGUGAAAUCUAAACGAGUGCGAGCUUUGUUGGGCUUUUCAAGUGAUGUCACUGACAGGGAAGAUGACAAAAAUCAGGACUCAGUUGUAAAUGGCACAGAGGCUGAAAUUAAAGAGACAGCAAUGAUUGGAAAAUCUGAGUUAACAGAUUCUGCCUCCGUGCUGGAUAAUUUCAAAUUCCUUGAAAGUGCAGCUGCAGAUUUCAGUGAUGAAGAUGAAGAUGAUGAUGUUGAUGGAAGAGAGAAAAGCAUCAUUGAUACUUCAACAAUUGUUAGGAAAAAAGCAUUGCCUGACAGCAGUGAAGAUCGAGAUACAAAAGAAGCUCUAAAGGAGUUUGACUUCUUGGUUACAUCAGAGGAAGGAGACAAUGAAUCUAGAAGUGCAGGCGAUGGAACAGACUGGGAAAAGGAAGAUCAGUGUCUCAUGCCUGAAGCGUGGAAUGUGGACCAGGGAGUAAUUACCAAACUCAAGGAACAAUACAAAAAGGAGAGAAAGGGGAAAAAGGGGGUGAAGAGGCCCAAUAGGUCAAAACUACAAGAUAUGCUUGCUAAUUUGAGAGAUGUUGAUGAACUUCCUUCGUUGCAGCCAUCUGUGGGUUCACCUUCCAGACCCAGCAGCUCCAGGCUUCCCGAACAUGAAAUUAAUAGGGCAGAUGAAGUGGAAGCAUUGACAUUUCCUCCUUCUUCUGGAAAGUCAUUCAUCAUGGGAGCAGAUGAAGCCCUUGAAAGUGAACUGGGACUUGGAGAAUUAGCAGGUCUUACGGUGGCCAAUGAAGCAGACUCACUAACUUACGAUAUAGCGAACAAUAAAGAUGCAUUGAGGAAGACAUGGAACCCUAAGUUUACAUUAAGAAGUCACUUUGAUGGCAUCCGAGCCCUUGCUUUCCAUCCCAUUGAGCCUGUUUUGAUAACAGCGUCAGAGGAUCACACAUUAAAAAUGUGGAAUUUGCAGAAAACAGCCCCAGCCAAAAAGAGCACUUCUCUUGAUGUAGAACCUAUCUAUACAUUCAGAGCCCAUAAAGGUCCAGUGCUUUGUGUGGUAAUGAGCAGCAAUGGUGAGCAGUGUUACAGCGGUGGUACUGAUGGACUGAUCCAGGGCUGGAACACCACUAAUCCCAACAUCGACCCCUAUGAUUCUUAUGAUCCUUCUGUUUUACGAGGCCCUCUGCUAGGCCACACGGAUGCAGUCUGGGGUUUGGCUUAUAGUGCAGCACAUCAGCGUUUGUUGUCCUGUUCAGCAGAUGGCACUCUGCGUUUAUGGAAUACAACGGAGGUUGCUCCAGCACUAAGUGUGUUUAAUGAUACUCAAGAAUUGGGAAUCCCUGCCUCUGUGGAUCUAGUGAGCAGUGACCCGAGCCAUAUGGUAGCAUCAUUCAGCAAGGGAUAUACAAGCAUCUUUAACAUGGAAACACAACAACGCAUUCUAACUUUAGAAUCCAAUGUAGAUACAACAGCCAACUCUUCCUGCCAAAUAAAUAGAGUAAUCAGUCAUCCUACUCUUCCAAUCAGCAUCACUGCUCAUGAAGACAGGCACAUCAAAUUCUAUGAUAACAAUACAGGCAAACUGAUCCACUCGAUGGUAGCCCACCUAGAAGCUGUUACAAGUUUAGCAGUUGAUCCUAAUGGCCUUUACUUGAUGUCUGGCAGUCAUGACUGUUCAAUACGUUUAUGGAAUCUAGAAAGUAAGACAUGUAUCCAAGAAUUCACAGCUCAUCGAAAGAAGUUUGAAGAAUCGAUUCAUGAUGUAGCUUUCCACCCAUCUAAAUGCUAUAUAGCCAGUGCUGGAGCUGACGCACUGGCUAAAGUCUUUGUAUGACGCAGUGCAUCAUCUUCACCUUCUAGCUGUUUAUAAGUAAUCAACUGCACAAAAGAGAUACAGAAGAUAAGGGCAAGAAUCAACUCAUCCUGCCCUUUUGUUCUGCUGAAGGAGCACAGAGAACAUUUGUUGAAGUAUAGUUUUGCAAUUCAUAUACUGUUUUCUAAAACUAAGGUUUGUUCAGGUUGCUGCAAGCUCAGCUGAAUCUGUGAGCCAGAGGUCUGUUUCAAAUUUCUCCCAAAAGACGCCUUUAUUUCUGAGGUUGUUCUAAUUCGCUAGGCAGGCCUGAGCGAAUAAAAGUUUAGCUUGUCCCUAUUGAGUAAGUAGGGCAUGCUGCAAUGGAUAAUUAAGAGGCUUGAUAGCUGGGACUAAACAGAAGAAAAGUGGGAAACUUAGACCAAGUUCUCUUUUGAGAAAUCUUGUUAAACACAUUAAGUAGUCAAAAUAGUAAUCUUUAUCAUAUCUGCCAUACUAACCCUUUCGUGUAUAAUGACCAGGCAGUGUUAAACUGAGUUUUUAAUUUGGCUCUCCUUUCAGCUGUUCACAUAAAGCACCUGGCAAAGCAUUUUACCUUUUGGGGGAGAAAAAUGCAAUAAUAUGUUAAAUAUAUUACUAUUCAGAAAUGCUAAACAAAUACUUAGUUUGCAAGCAGAUUUCUAUAUUGUAUUACAGUUUGAAAAUAGAUUUGGUAUCAUUCUGAAGUUUAGCUAUCAAGCACUCACCAUUGUGAAGAAUAGUUGAUGGGCUCUGCUUUUACUAAAGGAUUUAACUUAUUCAGGUUUGAAAUUCUGUUUAUUUUUUAAGGCUAAACAGGGCAUAUCUCUAUAAUAAUUUCUAUUUUAAAAUUCACUUUAUUCAUGUGACAUUUCUAGUACCAGAGUGAUUAUUUCAUACCAAUGAAAUCUUACUUUUCAGUGACUGAAAAGAUGGAAGUUAUUUGCUAAUACUUGUUUAUCAACACCCAUCUAACGAUGCUUCAGAUGAUCUGUGCUCUUUCUUCUUUGUCUGUCACAUUCAACUUAUCUGACAUUACCAAGAAUAGUUCAUAAUUAUUAAGAGUCCAAAGAAUAUGGUUAACUUCAUGCAGCUGCUUUUGGGGAAGUACUACUAAAAGCAAAUGUUUUGUAUCCCAGAAGUCCUCUAUUAAUCUCUCUCAGAAUAAUCUCCUGGAAAUCUGAAUGUAAGAGUUCAUUGCCAAAUAUUGACUAAAAAGGUCUGUCUUUCUCUCUCCCUAUUCCUCCCCCAUUGUUAUAAUUGAGAUAUACAUGUUUUAAUAGGCAGUGAAUCAGUAUUGUUUCUUGGGAAAUCCAUACCUUAAAAGGCCAGGCUUUCCCAGCCCAACUUACCUGUGACCCACCUACAUGUGGUCAGCUUUUGGGAUUCCUAAGACACCACUACUUAGACCUAGUCUCCUGUCAUACAGACCUUAUUUCUAUAGCUGUUAUGCUUCUCUUUAUUCUCUUUUUUCUUUGUCCCAAAUGACAGAGACGAUUCUAGAAAUUAGAAAUAAAUUAUUAAUGUCCAACUUGCCACCAAAAAAAUAAAUAAGCUCUUAGAUAUAAAAAAAUAUUAAAUAUAUAAAUAUUUUAAUCAAUUAAAAUAAUUUCUACAUAUUCCAUUCCCCACAUUUUCCAUCAUCAUAACAGUGAUACUUCUCAUGAUAUGUACAUCUCCUUGAAAAAGUAUGCUGGUGGUGAUGUGGCUAAUGAUCGACAAUAUUUCUAUAAAAUUUCGCUUGUUUGCCCCUAGAAUUCUGCAUUAUACAGGCAAAUUUUCAUUAAAGACAUGUGCUAAAUUUGCCUUAUUUUCAUACAGAUAUGCCGUAGUAUUUUUAACACAGCUACCUUUUCUCAUCUUUGUACUUUGGUUACAAGCAGGCUUAAGAGACUCCUUUAUGUAAUUAAAUGAAUUGACCUAAACAUGAGCUAUCAGGUGAGUGCUUAUAUUUCCUUGCAGAUACAGAAUUCCAUAUUGUGUUCAGUAAAUUUCUUUUGGUUCUUCAUAGUGAAGAAAGAAUGUUUCUAACCUAACAUUUGUAGAAGGAUACUGGAAAAUUCCUUCCAGGAAGGAAGGAAGGUGCCAUUACUUAGUGUAUUUAUGAUGGAUUACCACAAAACUGUUGUUCUACCAAUUAUUGUUUUAAUUACCUUCUAAGAUCUUCAGUACCUGCUUUACUAAUGUCACUGAAAUUCUGAAAACCAAGACAUUCUUACCCUGUUCAUUUUAUGCUUCAUGGUUGAAAUUUUUCUGUUAGUAAGUGUAAAAUAACCAUGAGAUACAUAGACUAUAGUGCAAAUGGAACUGUUGAAAGUUCCUUAGAAAGCCAGUGCAGUGCCACUGGAGACUAUAGAGAGAGUCUUCUCUACCAGCACUGCAUGAUCUCAGCCUAGAAAUGAGCCAAAGCUGUCUUCCAUCCAGAGGAGCAUAUACAUGUGUCUGACUUUUCCCCUAGCCUGUUGAACAUUCAAUGAAACUUCACAGAAUGAACAAAUUCAAUAUUUACACAGCCAUUGAAAUGCUUUCGUAGAGCUUCAUUUGUAAAUAUUUCGGAUGAAAUGUAUUGGAAUAGUAUGAAAGUCAGCAGGAGGUGUGAAUCCCUGCCUUAUUUUCAUAUGCUAUGGAUACAUCUCUGGGAGCUUGCAGCACCCUUCUCAAAACUCAGCUGUCAUAUAGAGCUCAUUUGCUACUCAAACCAUAGACGGAUAUUUAACGUAAGUGAUAUAAUGACCUUCAGUAUUUUUCUAAUGAACAAGUUUAGCAACUUUUGCCAUUAAACAGAUACUUAGUUAUGCAAAAUAUUUAGCUUUUAUAAUCAUUUUAGUUAUGACCAAAAGCGGAGAGAUUGAGCUGCAUCACUGAUGAUGAACUUUGUGAGAAAUUUUUUUUUUUAAUCUGACUUUCAUUCCUUCAGUAUUCUUGCUAUAAAUUUCUUUUGGAAAUAAUGAUGAAGAUUUAUUUGAAAAUGUCUAAAAUGUAUGUAUAUUUUAUAAAUAUAUAUUAUAUAUAUUGUAAGAAUAUAUAUAAUAUAUAAACUAUAUAUAUAUAUAUAUAAAACCAUAGGUGCAUUUUACUGUUUUGUAUUUUCAUUUUUGGAGGUAGUAUACACAGCAGAUGAUGAGUAUGAUGAGUGUUGUGCUGUUUGCUUUUGCAGUAUAAUAUAUAGUUCUAAAUGUUUAAAUUACUGUAUAUACUAUAUUCAUUAUAGGCUAGCAUGCUUGUUUUAAAGACUGUCGUUCUAGUGUAUUAAAAUCUGAAUGUAAGAAAACCUGGCUAUUCAAAUGUGAAUUGAAAAAUACUUCAUUCUCAGUUCUGAACUAUUUCCAUUGAACAUUCAGGCUUUUUAACAAAAACAAAUAUCAAGAAGGCAAUAGCUAGAAAAUGAGAGGUGCCUUUAAAAAUAUAUAUAUAUAAAUGCAGCCUUACAGUGAGGAUGAAGAUUGAGUUUGGGGCAGGGGUUGAGGGGGCAGAGAGAGAGGAAGAGUUAGAGAGAGAGUGAGAGAGAGAGUGUAUGUAUGUGUGUGUGUGUGUGUGUGUGUGUGUGUUUACCAAUCUGUGAAGGUCCUGAUUUGUGACCAUCAAUGUAUUUUUAAUAUAUCUGCUCAACUUCUAGGACUUCAGGGGACAUUUCAUGCGCUUUGUGCUCUUUUGAGUACCAUAUAUACUUUCCAAGAAUUUUGAAUGUGAACUCCUAGAAAUUUCAGUAGAGAAAAUAUAGCUAUUCUUUAAUUGUAGUAAAGUUCAGGUAGAAGGAAAAAUGAUUGGUUCACCAAAAUUAUGGGAUCUCAUUAAUGUUGGCUAAGUAAAUGUCAUUUUUUAAAGGCUCACUUUUUAAUACUUCAUAUAUUUCCCUCUUACAAAACAGCAUGUCAUGAAGUUCUUACGUGAUAAAGAUUUAACGAGUAAAUAUUAUUUUUAGGAAUUACCUGAACUAGUUAAAAAUUCCACCUAAGAAUAGUCUUAAAAUAUUUAAAUGGCAUCUCUCAUAUCUACCUCUUUGUCAUUGCUGCCAUUUUAACUGAAGCAAAUCUUUAUGACAUCUGAAAUGAUGGUUGGAUGCAAUUAAAAAAAUCUAUGUUGGUGCUUUUCUCAGGCUUUAUCAUUUAAGCUAUAUUAAGAUGUCACAAAUCAGAUUGAAAGGCUUUGUUUUUCUUUAAAAUAAUUGCUUAAAAUUAACCAUCAAUGUGGUUAGUGAGUGGAGAUAAUGGAUCUUUGGUUGGUAUAUGUCUGUGUGAUGUUUUCAACCAAUAGCCAAAUUAUUAAUGAACUUACAUGAAAAAGAGUUCUAACUAUAAUUUUAUUCAGAUUACUUUAUUCUUUGAAAGUGAUUUCAAGACUAUUAAAAACAUAAUCAUUCAUUUUAUUUACUCAGAAAUUGCCUCUCCGUUACUGUUACUUGUUUAGUUAUUUAUACAAUUGCAGUACUUUAAGUGUUUGACACUGGGAUUCAGGUUGUACAAAGUAGUAGCUGACAAAAAUAUGUAUUUUUUUUGUGAAAUGUAUCAAAUCGUAAAGUUCAUUUUAGAGAAAGGCCUAGAAAACAUCUGUUUGAAAACAAAGGACAGUUCAUUCGUGAAUAAUUGGUAUAAUUUUUACUUUUGCCUUGUGAUUGGCCAUAUCCGUCAUCCAACUGGAUCUUCAUGUCAGUGUAAGGGAUGCCAAGUUGACAAAGUAUUUAAUAGAUUCUUUGCAUCAGUUUUUUUUUUUUUUAAUUCUAAAAAAACACAAAUGUUAGGCCAAACAGAUCCCUAGAUCCCACUUAUUGAUUCUAUCAGUAUUCCUGAAGUGGUGCUUAGGGGGUCAGAAUUUUCUGGAUCUUUGCUAAUCCAAACUUUAGAUUUGAUUUAACCGGGACCACAUGCUUGUCAUCUCUCUGAUGCAGAUUUUCAAAAUCAUUUUAAUUUGGAUUAACUCUAAUGUCUGCCUGGGUUUUUAACAGGCUGUGAACCAGUGAGUGCCUUGUUAAUGUAGAAUGAUUUUUCCCCCCUGGGUGGGUGUUAGCUCCUCUCUGAAAAUAUCUCAGAGAAUGAUAUAUUAAUUGACUGUAGAGAGCUGCUAAAUUUGGUAUUAUCAGCAGUCAGAAAGUCUUUGGUUUACCGUCUCCCUCCCUGCUAUCUCCUCAUUGUUUGGCUGAAGUUUGCCUCUUGUGAGAAAAUAAUACAACUCCCCUUCUCCACACUCUUUUUUUUUUUCAGCCCAGAUAAAGAGGUAUCCCCUACUCCCAUCCUAACUCUAUGAUCUAAUACCCGUUUUUAGGAGGAACCACUUCUUUUAUUUAAUAUUGAAAUCUGCUGGUUAUUUUAUGUCUUCUCAAGUUCAGUUGACUAGAGCUAACCACAGGGUGUAUCAUCAGUUCAGUUUCCUAAAUAACCCUUUCUUUCCACACCCAGUCCUCCAGCUGGUGAGCCCUGGGCCAGAUCGUUUGAUCUUUAGGUAUUUUAAAUUUUAUUUACAUCAAUUAAUGUAAAUUAAUCCAAAUGCUAAUUUUUGUGGUGCCAGAAGUUUCUUUUGUAAAUUCAGGGUAUGGAUAAGCUAAUUAAGAUAUCCAUCUUUGGUGGCUCUAAGUGUAUUAUUUGUUUUUAAAUAAAGUGUACAAAUAUAGAUAAUGUGCUAUAGGUGUCUCAUGAAUUGGAAUGUUUGUCAGAUUUGGAAUCUAGCUGUAACUUUACAGUGAAUCAGUUAAAUUAACAUAGUCUGAUUUGGGGCAUUUGGGGGUAGGAGUUGUAGAGGAGUGCAGAGAAAUAUAAAAGGAUAUUAGAUAAAGUAUAUGUGAGUCCAAAAUUAUUGAACCAGUCUUAAUUACUGAUUGUGAGGAAGGAGAAGUUUAUCACUACAGAGAAUUUGGGCCGCUGAAAAGCUAGUAAAAUUAAAAUAUCUUCUAGGAUUGGAUCAGUGAUACUUUCAGAGGCACAUGUUUAAUGAAUAGGUUUUAUGUUUUUCAAAUGUUCAGUUUAAAUGGCUUUUAAAAUUUAUACACACAUAUGUAAAUACAAUGUUUUAUUUUUUCUUUGUUUGGUUACUUAACAGACACACAUAAGUCUUCCACUCUCCCUGCCCCUUCAAAUCAACAUUAUUUUUCAAGGCCUUUGGCCUGCCCAGAACUCAGUCUCUGUGUUCCAUCUGGAUCCACGAUACAAUAUGGAAUUCCUUGAAACUAUCCGCCAUUGUUUGGUGUUCUGUAUGCUGGUAUACUAAUGAAUAUUAUAUCCUUUGGUAUGUACACACAUUUUUCAGUAGUGUUAGAAACAUCUCUUUUAUCUUUUUAAUGAGAACUGAGACAUGAUUAGCUGGACUCAUUUUGGAGUGAUCUAUCUCAGGAGGUCAUUAAAACUCCCAAAAUUAUUCAUGGAUUGAUGAACCCCCUGGGGUUAGCCUAGUAUUGCCAGGUAGUAUUCUGACCUUCUCUGGGCUUCCCAAGAUCACUGAUGUUUUGUGACCCAGCAUUGUCCUGGCUUAUAAGGUAUUCCCAGAACACCUGGGAGUUGAGCAUACCUUUUGAUCUAAACAUUAUAAUCAUGGAGCAUCCUUUCACCUGUGUAUUUCUCUGGAUGACCAGAACACUCCAGUUCUGUAAAGAAGCACUAACAUACAGAUCUGCAGCUCUGAAAAUUGGAAUCCAUUUUCUGAAACAAAUUUUAGCUCAGUAAAAUUUUGUAUAUUUUCAAAAAAUUCAAAAUCUACCAAACAUAAAAUGACUCACUUUCACUUAAACUCUAUAAAACCUUAACCUUUUCCUUAUUCCUAAUUAAUAUUUCACUAAAGGUAAUAGUGUUUUCAGGUAGAUCGGCAGUCAUUAUUUGGGUGAGUGAAGUCUGCCGUAACCUACUGAUAGGAAGGACCUAUUUCAUAGAAAAGUAUCUUGUCCUUGGUGAUUUAGCCAUUCACCUUACAUGAAGACUGGUCCAGAUGCCAGCUCCACAUUGACUUUUUCUCUGUACCUCUUUAGAUAAUUAACCCAGUGGUGUAAAGGAGAGCCCACAGUAAAACAUCUGUUAAACAGCACUUGGAGUACUAGAGUUAGUGUUACUGAUUUAUGUGCUAUAAUUUUUUAUGCCAUCAUAAGAUUUAGUGUAUUUAUCAGAUUCCCAAUUCAUUACCUCAAACAAAAGAUUUUUAAAAAUCAUAUAAUAGCAUCAUCAAAUUAAGGGUAAUAGAGAGAAACCCAUCAUCUGCAAUUAAGAAUGCCCGAACUGAAAACUUUAAGAAAAAAAGCAUGUGAAAAGCAAAAUUUUGCAUUAAUCAUGAGUUGUAGAUGUAAACAGCUUGUGGUUUAUAUGUAUGUGCUGAAAUGGUAAAGUAUACUGGCAACCAACUACUUCUCUUUGGAAAUGGGACCAAGACAGUAAUUUUCAUGCAUAAACAAAAUUAACUUAGAGCAAAAGUAAUUUUAUCAGAAAGAGUUUAUUUUGGGUGCUGGAUAACUUGGGUGAGAGUGUGGGGAAAGAAGUACCUUACCAAAAAGGAGAAGCAGCUGGCCCUGUGGCCUGACCCACAUUGUCUUCCAUUUCAACUUCAAUGGGCUGACAAGAGAUCACUUCUGACCCCAAAGAAUGAGUGGUUUCGAGUCUGGCUUGUUUAUCAUUGGUCCUUGUUAUCUAAAUUAAAUAUUUUUAGGAAAGAUUUGAAAAGUAUCCUAGAGCCCCCUGCAAAGCAUCAGAAGGCAUAGUUUUCAUUAUAUUUUAGGGAGCUAUAAAAACAUAAGCUCAGGUAUUUUGUGUCAUCUGCAUAUGUCAGGAUGAAAACCAGGCAUAUGAGAAAUGUCCUAAAAUGGCCAAGUGAUAAUCUCAUGAAAAAAUAUGAGAAUCAUUUUUAUGGAGUGAGUUCUCUUUUGAAUGGCUUUGACUAUGCUUUUAAAAACAUUUUUUUUUAAAUGUACUUACAUCUUUUUCUAUAGCCCACAUAUUUCAGAAUAUCCUCUUGAUAGGAUAAUAUCACUCAGUAUGAUUUUUAGAAAAAGAAAAACUCACCAGUCUCAUAUCUUUUGACAGUUGUUUGUGAAUAGUAUCCUCCCCAACAACCUUCCCAGUACUCAACUUCCAUGUAAGAGUGGUUUCUUAUGUGGUAAAUGCCUCAGUAUUUUGCUGCCUGGUAUUUGUUUGGUUUCUUUAUAUAUCUCAGGGUCAGAAGGAAUCAGGCUUUCUCCCAACUCUGAAACAUUCAGACUUCCUUUCUUUUUUUGCUCAACCUUUUAACAAGCAGGACAAGUAAGCUCCUUCUGUCAGAAUUGAUUUGAUUAAAAAAAAAUACACUCCUUAUUUCUUAUUGCUGUAGAAGACUUAGGAAUACACAUCUACUAAUUACAAUGAAAAGAUAAGAGAAUCUUUAGAAAUGUUAUUGCUUUCUGGAGAUAGAAAUUAUUUUACUUUUGAACUUGAAGGUUGUAGUUCCGUGCAAUUUUGCGCCCCUGAUGUGUGCAAUUGAUAAUAUAACUUGCCUUUGCUAAUAAAUACACAAAUAUUUUAUUUCCUGUGAUUCUUCAGAAAUUAUUUUUGGAAUAUGAAGAUUAAUAGGGAAUUAUGUGAUGUUUAUCUCCUGCAUUCUUUCAAAAUCUUCUGGAUUUUUUUUUUGAGGCAUAGGAAGCAGGUAAUGAGAAUAUCUUGAUUCUCCCCCCUUAACCCAGAUUUGCAUCUUACACCUUGCUCAUUUGUUACCUACAAAAAUAAAGGUUAAUGAUUAUAUGUUUGCUUUUGUCGGUAUAAGCUCCCUAAGGCACAGACCAUGUUUGUUUUUCUUAUAUUCCUCUUAGUGCUGUGACUGGUGCCUUGCCAUAUAAAAGGUACCCUGCAAAUGUUUGUUGAUUGAGUAAUCAGAGAGCCCAUUUCAAAAUCAUAAUCUUUCCAAAUCAUCAAAGACCAAAAAACAAACAAAAAAAAUCUUUGACAGUUGAUGCUCAAAUCUGUUGGUUCUGUGGAGCUUAUCCUAAGAUUGAGGUCCGCACCUUGACUGGAAGGAAUUUGGACUUCACCUCACAGGUGAUACUACAGAGUUCCAGUCCUGCUUGCAUGAAAACAGCAGAACAUGUUGGGGACAGAGAGGAGUCCCAAACCCUGUUGAUGGCCUUCCUUCCAUCCCCGCACCCUCACAUCUUUUUUGCUCAUUCCCUGUUCCGCACUGGCUUCUGAUCCGUUGAAGGGGAGUUUCUCUUUUAGCCUGGAACCUGAGCCUGCCUUGAUUAUUGUGGGCUCGGAACAGGUGCAUUUCCACAAUCUUUCCUUGCGACCCACAGAUGGCCCUACUGACUGCUUUUGUCCCAGGGGAAAGAGGAACCUCCCAGUGGAAGCUUGUCAGGAAAGGCAUCCCUCUGGGGAGCUUCUUUUGGAGAUGAAGACUCUGGGGCAAAGUUCCUCAGGAUGCUCUCAGGCUGGUUUUUGCCUUGAAGAUUUUAUAGUAAUUAUACCCAUGUUUAUGAAACCUCCUAGGAACAUCUCUGUCUUUGAUUUCUGGCGGCCCUCCAGCAGGGCCCAGGUGUCUUGAGGGCUUUAGCUGAAGGGCUUAAUUGUUUCAGGAAUAGUCAACAAGUUAGAGACCAACUAUUUAUAUUUGAUAUUCAAAUGACUUUAAGUCACUAAAAGAACACAGUAGCAAAUUACCUAUGAAAUAUUCAGUGGAUAUCUCAAUAUUAAAUUUAUGUACCAUGUAAAAACUCAUUAAAAUUACAAAAAAUAUGAUUCCUUUAAGAUCAAUUAGGCAUGGAAGAAAGAGCAGGAAUUUGGCCUGGACAUGGGACAUUUGUUGUCUGUUAGGCUUUAGACAAGCCAACUCUUCUAAAUUGGUUUCUCAUCUAUGAAAUGGGGAUAAUAGAUCUGCCUAAUUAGGUUGAUUUGAGAUAAUGGAUGUAAAACACCUAAUAAAAUAAGCAUCCAGCAAAUAACUAUUUUUCACUCUCUGAAUCCAUACUUCUGGUCAUGUAGUUCUGUCACACUCCUGGUAGGAGAAAUAGGUUAGAAUGAACAGCAAGAGUAGCAGAAAACUAUUUGGCUUAAUAUUUGAGUGCCAGCUAUAUGCCACACAGUUCUAGUUGCUGGCAGUCAGCAGUAAACAGACAAAGCCUUUACCUGAUGCAGCGCGUUCCAGGUGGGGGAACAAGUAAAAUAUCUGGAAUAUUAGUGAUAAGUGCAGAGGAAAAAAAGCAGGGAAGGGGGAUGAUUUGAUAUUUUUCAGGUUAAGAAAGUCGCGAAUUUAAUGCAAAAAAUUAACACGAACAGUAAAUGCGUAAAGAUGCAUAAUGGCAAAACUAACCAUGUCCCAUCAUACCCCUUCAUUCCUACCUCCCUGAUAUCUGUCAUUCUAAUUAUUCAUACAAGUAUGUAUACCCAAUUAUUACAUACAGGCUUUUAUUCUACAUACUACACUGCACUUGCUUUUUCUAAUGUAAUAUGUAUCAUGAGCACCUUACAAAUCUAUAAAGAUCUCUUAAAUUUCUCAGUAUACACAUACAGUCUUACAUAAAUGAGAAGUUUUUUGGUGGGCAGUUUGCUUUAAAUAAAUGGGAUCAUGUAUGUUUUCCACAUCUCACAUUUCUCAUUUAACAGUAUAUGAUGAGAAUUUCUCAAGUCUAUCAUAGCUCUUACUUCCUUUUUAUUAUUACAAUAAGCAUUCCUGUGUAUAUGUCACUAUGAUGGUUUUACUUCUGUGGAAUAGAUUACCUGGAGUAGGAUUGCUGGAUUGAGAAAAAUGUAUAUUUAAAUUUUAAAAUAAAUAUUGACAGAUUGUUUCCAAAAGUGGCCGGAACAAUUUGUAUUUCCAUCAGUAAAUGUAUAAAAAUACUUUUCCCUUAAUACUCAUGGCAAUAACUAUUGUUAACAUUAAAAAAUACAUAGAAAAAU